AUGAAUUCCACCGUCAGCACUCAGCAGCUGGUUAUCAUUGCGAAGCCUGGCCCUGACCAGCCCUACUGUCAACUUGCCACUGCUUUCCAGAACUGUUUGUGCCUUCAAAGCAUUCUACACCCGUGUCUCAAUACCUUGCGUGCUUUCUCCGACGAGCGCUACCGAGUUGGCAUUCUUCAAGAACUCGCAUUCGCUGCUGAGAACCAGCCUACCCACGCCGAUUUGAUGCUACCGGCCGACCGCUACUACCAGGCAAGCGAGCAGAAAGAUGCCGAUUACCGGUUUCCAUACAUCACCGCGACCCUGAUCUCGAGCAUGGCUUGUUGUGUGGGCCAAGAGCACAACUGCUAUCGUUGUUCGCUGGAGGCGCCUUUCCAUACCGUCCGCAAUCCCUUCAGAGCUGCUCAUGAUCCCCUUUACAAGGAUUGUAGCAUGCCUGGAGACAUCACAGUCGGCGUCAUCGACAUAACGGAUCUGCGAAAGCUUCGAUACUGCUUCCUCAACAUGCCCAUCUGGUGCGUCAAGUGCGGCCUGCGGAGCUACCACCCCGACAGCAAGACAAUCAUCGACACGUACGGUGGUGAUCUGCCGGAGUGGGAGAUGGCAGACUAUACACCUUCAGACGGCGAGCCUAUCUCGUACCGCAUAGAUUUCGAUUCUAACGGCCAGCUCGGGCCUAUGCGUGAGGGACCAGAUGUCGGGGCAUUGGAGAUGUUGCGAGCAUACCCUCUUAUCGAUGUUGCUACUCUUGCAAAUUGCUGGCCAGCCGCUGCCUGGAAAUUGCCCGAACAACCGACGGCGGAUUCCAACCAUGUCUCAGUCUAUCUGGGUGCACCCAAGUGCGGAAGCAAGUCUCUUGGAGAGCUAGCACAGAAUAAAAUCCUCGACGCGGUCCUCCUCGGCCUCCUCGACGACCUCGAGCUGCUCGACUACCCGAUGCUGAUCCGCGGCUUCCAAAAGUCCUUCCUCGCCAUAUGCUCUGCGCGAGCCGACGAGCUCGCCGCCUCCGAGCACCAGGGUAUUAUCGCUGCAAUGCUUGCCCGCCUCAUGGACGGAGCAAAUCACGUGGACCUUUACCCAUUUCGCCAGCUUCCACUGAGUACGAUCCGAGAAAUUCUCUGCAGCGAUCGCCUCAAAGACAUGAAGAUACUCAACCUGUCCGGACUUUUCGCCGAAUGUCCUGAAGAGAUCUGGACGACGCUCGACGCCAUUCCCCACCAGCCGGAGGUGGUGUACCUGCUGAGCCCGCCGAGCGUGGACAGGACGGCCGAGAGGGCGGUAAUAAAGAGGACCGUCCCGCAUUACAUUGCAGGAGGGAGGUGCAAGUUCUGGGACCGGGUGGGCUCCAAGAGGAUCAUCAUGAGCGCGAGUAUAUCCACUGCGCUGAUGUCGUACGCCUCCUCCCACCGAGGCAGUAAUUUUCAGAGCAACCCCCAGUGGGAACGAACCUACCUCAACUACCUGCGCGAGCUGGUUCGGGGUGAUACAAUGCGUCUGCGGCUGUGGCCUUGGAUGUGGUGGUGA